CAAGGCCUAUCACUUUGUCGAAUGAUACCAUCUUGACACUAUGGCAACUUUGGCAGAUGAGCUACUAAACGAUUUCGAGGAGUCCGACUCGGAAAUCGAGGCGAAAGAAGAAUGGUUACAUGCCAACUCCUCAGAAGCGGCGGGCGAGCCGCCCUUCAAAGGGUCGACGAUGGGCAUAGGGGACGAUGGGGACAAGGAGCUGCAUGAUAAUACUAUCAUGACAAACACAUCAAUUGUGAAUAAUGCCUUGGCUGAAGAAGGAGAAGAGCAUGAAGACGCAAAAGCCUCUGUUGAAAAAAUGCAAUUCACUGGAAUUAGUGACGUACGGAGUAUUGCACGAUUGAUGAAAACAUUGCAACCUAUUUUAGAGAAAAUCUCCUAUUACCGGUCCUUACCGUCGGAGCCGCAACCGAUGUCUACCGGCUCCAUCGAAGAUAAUCCAGAGUAUUAUCUUCUUACAGAAUCGAAUUCCCUCUCCACAUCCAUCGACAAUGAGAUUAUAUUAGUCCAUAAGUUCAUUAGGGAUCAUUACUCUACCAGGUUUCCAGAGCUUGAAACCCUAAUCACCAACCCUUUAGACUACGCAAAGACAGUUGCCAUAUUGAGGAAUGGUCCGCUAAAUGAUAUAAAGUCACUGGCUUCUUCGACAGAUAACUUGGUUGGAGCGACUUUGAGAUCUGUCCUGGAUGGUCCUCUGCUGAUGGUAGUAGCGGUGGAAGGAACAACCACGCGGGGAAGGGAGUUGUCUAGCUCAGAGCUUCAAAUUGUCCUGGACGCAUGUGAGAUGAUGCUGUCGCUUGACAAAGCCAAAUCAGUUCUUACCGACUAUGUCCAAUCACGGAUGAAUAUUUUUGCGCCGAAUCUAACCGCUCUUAUUGGCUCUCUUACUGCUGCACAACUCCUCAACUAUGCUGGAGGUCUCACUGGCUUAGCCAAGAUGCCAUCAUGCAAUAUCCCACCAUUAGGUUCGAAGAAGCAGACUCAGGCUGGGUUUGCUACUAACGUUGGAGUUAGACACCAAGGCUUUUUAUUCCAUUCACCUAUUAUCCAAGGUAUUCCAAAUGAUUUGAAACGGCAGGCAAUGCGGAUAGUGUCAGCAAAAGUGGUCCUCGCGGCCCGUGUUGAUAGAGUGCAUAGCAGUCGAGAUGGCUCAACAGGGGAAGAAUUAAAGCAGGCUUGUCUUGAACGCCUCGAGAAACUGGCAGAACCGCCUCCGAAUAAGGGAACUCGGGCACUACCCGCACCUGACGAUAAACCUUCUAGGAAGCGUGGUGGACGCAGAGCGCGGAAAGCAAAAGAAGCCACGGCCAUGACGGAGUUGCGGAAAGCUCAGAAUCGCUUAGCAUUUGGCAAAGAAGAAAAGGAAGUCGGCUACGGUACUGGAGAAGGUACCAAGGGUCUGGGUAUGCUUGGUCAGGAGAAUUUGGGACGAAUUCGCGCCGCCCAAAUUGAUCAAAGAACAAAAGCCAAACUCAGCAAAUCAAAUAAAGGAUGGGGUGCUACAUCAGCGGUGGGCGGAACUGUAUCGUCGCUGCGCGGCUUCGGGCAGGGGGCUGGCAAUGCAUCUGUAUUGCGUAGCCAGGGACUACGCACUGCAGGAGUAGGACCGUCUGUGGGGUCAGGAAUAGCGAGCACAAUUGCUUUCACCCCAGUCCAAGGUUUGGAACUGGUGGACCCGAAGGCACAAGCCGAACUUAACAGAAAGCGCAAGGCUGAAGAAGACAGGUGGUUUAAAAGUGGGACAUUCACUCAAGUUGGUAGCCAAAGUUCUGAAAACGGAGGCUUUAAAGUCCCGCAAUUACCACCACUUAAAAAAACAAACACUGUCAACAGUAAAAUGGCACCACCACCACCACUUAAAAGAUGAGAACAGUUUGAAU